CAUGUGCAGCUCCACCGAUAUCCAUACCAUAUUUUUAAACGGAACUUGAACUUGAAAUUGGUGCAACCAACACUCAUACUGUCACUCACAGCUUAACCACUAUGAUUGCCGCUAUCUCAAACCUCUCAGCCGUCACUGAACCCAAUCUUCACUCCAAAUUUGCAUCGGUCAGCCUCAGCUCAUCCAUCUUUCAUUUACCACUUUCUGUUCAUAUUCGCAACUCUGAGCCCAAACGGAUUUCUUCUAUCAGAUGCCAAUCCAUUAAUGACAAUAAGCCUAAAUCGAGUAGAAAUCUACUUGACAACGCAAGCAACCUCCUUACGAACUUCUUAAGUGGUGAAAGUACAGGGUCUAUGCCCAUAGCUGAAGGUGCAGUCUCAGAUCUGUUUGACCGACCACUCUUUUUCUCACUGUAUGAUUGGUUCUUGGAGCAUGGCUCGGUGUAUAAGCUUGCGUUUGGGCCAAAAGCGUUUGUUGUUGUAUCAGAUCCUAUAGUUGCAAGACAUAUUCUACGAGAAAAUGCAUUUUCUUAUGACAAGGGAGUACUUGCUGAUAUCCUAGAACCAAUAAUGGGCAAAGGACUCAUACCUGCAGACCUUGAUACUUGGAAGCAAAGGAGAAGAGUCAUUGCUCCGGGUUUCCAUACUGCAUACUUGGAAGCUAUGGUCAAAGUAUUCACCACUUGUUCAGAAAGAACGAUAUCAAAGUUCAAUAAGAUUCUUGAAGGAGAGGGCUAUAAUGGACAGAAGGCAAUUGAAUUGGAUCUUGAAGCAGAGUUUUCUAGUUUGGCUCUUGAUAUUAUUGGGCUCAGUGUGUUCAACUAUGAUUUUGGUUCUGUCACCAAAGAAUCACCUGUUAUUAAGGCAGUGUAUGGCACUCUUUUUGAAGCUGAACAUAGAUCCACUUUCUACAUUCCGUACUGGAAAAUUCCAUUGGCAAGAUGGAUAGUCCCAAGGCAAAGGAAGUUUCAAGAUGACCUUAAGAUCAUUAAUACUUGUCUCGAUGGACUUAUCAGAAAUGCAAAAGAUAGCAGACAGGAAACAGAUGUUGAGAAACUGCAGCAAAGGGAUUACUUAAAUUUGAAGGAUGCAAGUCUUCUGCGUUUCCUAGUUGAUAUGCGGGGAGCUGAUGUUGAUGAUCGUCAGUUGAGGGAUGAUUUAAUGACAAUGCUUAUUGCUGGUCAUGAGACAACGGCUGCCGUUCUUACUUGGGCAGUGUUCCUGCUAGCUCAAAAUCCUGCCAAAAUGAAGAAGGCUCAAGCAGAGGUAGAUAUGGUCCUGGGUAUGGGGAGGCCAACUUUAGAAUCACUUAAAAAAUUGCAGUACAUUAGACUAAUUGUUGUGGAGGCUCUUCGUUUAUACCCCCAACCACCUUUGCUGAUUAGACGUGCACUAAAAUCUGAUGUUUUACCAGGAGGGCACAACGGUGAUAAAGAUGGUUAUGCAAUUCCUGCUGGGACCGAUGUCUUCAUUUCUGUAUAUAAUCUCCAUAGGUCCCCAUAUUUUUGGGACGGCCCUCAUGACUUCGAACCAGAGAGAUUUCUAGUGCAAAGGAAGAAUGAAGAAAUUGAAGGAUGGGCUGGUUUUGACCCAUCUCGAAGUCCUGGAGCCUUGUAUCCAAACGAGAUUAUAUCGGAUUUUGCAUUCUUGCCUUUUGGUGGCGGACCACGAAAAUGUGUUGGAGAUCAAUUUGCUCUCAUGGAGUCCACUGUAGCACUGGCUAUGCUGCUCCAGAAUUUUGACGUGAAACUGAAGGGGACCCCUGAAUCGGUGGAACUAGUUACUGGUGCAACUAUACAUACCAAAAAUGGACUGUGGUGCAAUUUGAGGAAGAGAUCUAAUUUACAUUGACAUAAUUACGGUGGACAUUAUUUUUAUAAAGAAUGAUGUAUAUUAGUAUGAUGUGAAACAAAAUAACAAAAAAAUUUGUGAUGGAUACAUUAGUUCCUAAGAAAAAGAAAAAUAA